AUGCCUUAUAAGUUAUUUGAGUGGGCUGACAGUGAUGUGGAAAUAAAAACAGAGCUUAAGGAUAUCCGUCAAUCUCAAGCCAAAAUCCAGGAAGUACUGCAGCUCAAGGAAGACAGAAGAAAAAAAGACGAAGAAAAUGAGGUUCUGAAAAAACUGGCAGUUGUUGACACCAAGAAAGUGAUUCAAACUCACUUGGACAAGUAUCAAGAGGGAACCCGCAUUUCUGUCUUUGAGAAGAUCGAGUUGUGGCUAAACGACCGUACUUCUAAAAAUCGUGUCAUGGUAAUCAGUGGGGAUGCAGGAAUGGGCAAAUCAGUGAUUUCCGCUGUCGUUUGUCAAGGAAUGCGACAUGCUGGUCGGCUGACGGGAAGUCAUUUUUGUCAGCACAACAAAGCGCGUCCUAGAAAUCCUAAGAUAAUGCUUCAAUCGUUAGCUUAUCAGCUGAGUGAGUUUUUGCCUCCAUAUAAAAGAGAACUUGUAAAAGCACUGUCAAGAAAUUUGGGUGAAGAUAUCAACAACCUAGAGGUUGGAGAGCUCUUUGAAUUGCUGUUCGAGGAGCUUUUAAUAAAUGUAGAUGAUCCGGGAAGAAGCUUGCUCAUGGUGAUUGAUGGCCUGGAUGAAAGUGAAUACAAAGGCCGCAACGAGCUGCUUGAUGUCAUGGCUAAUCAGUUUAGUACACUUGCUGGUUGGGUUCGAUUUUGUGUUACAACUCGCCCGGAAAUAAAUAUCGCAGACCGUCUUAAAAAGUUCAACCCUGUUCUACUAGAGCAAGAUGAUGAAGAAAAUGUAGAAGACAUCAGACUCUUUCUUGAAAGACAGCUGUGCAACGUCAUUCAAUCAAGCUUUCAAGAAGUUGUUAUUGAUGCACUGGUCCGAGAGGCUGCAGGACAUUUUUUAUAUGCUUAUUUGAUGGUCGAUUUUAUCAAGGAAAACGUUUUACUCCUUACCCCCAAGGAGUUAGGAAGAAUCUUACCUUCAGGUGUAUCGUCUGUUUAUCAGUCCUACUUUGAACGUUUAGAGAACGAAUUGAAAAUUGGUGAGGACCAGUUUUUGACUUUUCUAAGUGCUUUGGCGGCUGCAAGAGAACCUCUUCCUCUAGACUUUGUUUCUAAGAUGUUAAUUGCGGGCUCGAAGUCCCCAUCUAGUCAUCGGAAAGUAAGAAAAGCUAUCGAAUCUAUCUCAACCCUUCUUCCUGUUCAUGAUGACUGCAUUGUGUUCUUCCACAAAUCAGUUAAGGAUUGGUUGACUGACAGAACUGCCUACGAUCGCCACAACUUCUCUGUUUUUGAAAAGCAAGGUCAUGUCAUGCUUUCUCAGCUCUGUACUAAUGAACUGAAUAACGUGAAAAGAAAAGGCGUUCACGGCACUGAAUUCAGUGACACUGCGAGGUACGCCCUACAGCAUGGUGUUUGUCAUAUGCUUGAGUCGGAAGAGCUGGAAGAGAGUACAAGAAGCUUUGAAGAAAUCGUUAACAACUAUGUCACGGACGUAGACAUUGUGUAUGCAAAGCUAUGUGUAAACGACACGGCUAGUUCUGAGGACAUGGUCCUCACUCAGAAACAAGAAGCUUUUCAGUUAUUGAGCAGUGAGAGCCAAAACGCCCUCGGCACGUUGUUGUUUCUUUUACGAAAGUACCAUGAAAGACUUACGACGAAUCCCACUUCUUUUUUCCAAGUGAUGGUGAACGAAGGAGGAGACGAUUUUGCUGGUGAAGCGACAGAACUUUUGCAGACCAAAUAUCAUGAUAUACCGUACAUGAAGUACGUUCACAAGGGGGCUAUGGAAGAGGAAAUUGAGGUUCAGGCUUUGUCUCGCUGUACCUCUCGAGUGGCUUGUUUUGAUAUUUCACCUCAGCAGGAGUUCAUGGUGUGUGAAUGUAUGGACGGGACGAUUCAGCUAUGGUCACUACAGACAGGGAAGCAAAUAUGGAAACGUCCGGUCAAGUUCGGUAAACGUUUCGUUGAUGAUCUUGACGCGUUCAGAGUGGUACCCGAAUCAUCUGUUUUGUCAUGUUAUCGUUCCGUUUUUUUUCACCCUACUAAGCCCAUUGUUCUUCCUGGAAUCGUAAGCCAUGCCUACUCAAUUGACGGAGCUUUCCUUCCACUGUUCCCUAAUAGCAACUGCAAAUUUAGCGUUUGUUCAGUUAAUGGGGAUAGUAUGAUUACAGAUUUUCCUAGUGAUGCAAAAUGCCUGGUCAUGUGGAGUCUAACAAAUGGCGAAGAGAUCACUCGAACUGAGGGAGAUGAGGUUGUAUUGUCUUUUGCCUGGUCUCCAGAUCGAAAGCUACUAGCAAUUUCUCAUCUUUCGAGACUGGUUUGUCUGGUUGAUGCAUUGAAUUGCUUUGAGACACUUGCAGAGAUCACCACUGUUUUACCAUGUGGAAUGAUCAAGUUUGCCCUUAACCUCAAAUUUCUGUUUUGUUGGUGUAAACCAGUUAAGUCUAUGUGGGAGAGAUACCCAAAAGGCAUUCGCGUGAACGUGGAUGUUGGAUUGGAUGUUGUUAACGAUAACGUUGACUAUGAACCUUGGGAUUAUGAAUCAUCCAGCAAAGCUGGAUUCUUAAUGGGAGAUCCUGUAUCAUGUUUGUUCAGGCGUUUCGAGGACGUUUUGGGACCCCUUUGGGUUCUUGUAGAAGGAGCGUUUGCGUUUGUCUUGAACAGACAAAAUGUAUUGAGGGUAUUCCCUGGAAACAACUGCAUUGCCAUGUUCAAUCCUGGUGAAAUGAAAAUUGCAACAACCACGUCCCAUAGAAGACUCCGUCAUGUUGCUUUUGCUGUAGAUGUGAAGUCCGUUUAUGGUGUAACUGAAGACAAGGAAGCAGCAGUGGUAUCUUUUGAUGUAUCAAGUGGAAAACUUACAGCAAAGAUAGAGAUUGGUACUUGUCGUGAUGUCCAUUAUCCUAUACAGCCUUUUACGACCGUAAACUAUUCUGACCAUGGUAUUUGUCUUGUGACAAUGACCAAUGGUGUCCUUUUGAAACUACGUCAUCGUAGGACUGCUGUUCAGCUAUGGAAUUUUGAGUUGUCUCAACAAGUCCGAAGUUGGCCCAGUCUAUGCGAGGUUACGUAUAUGAUGCCAGUCACGGACCAUUGUGUAGCAUGUGUGGGCAGAAGGUUUGAAGUGAGCAUCCUGGACACAUUAAGUGGAGACAUAGUGAAGACCAUCUCACUUUGUCAUGAGGUACAUGAGUCAACAUGUCCAAUUAUGUAUAAAGAAGCCAUAGAAUGUAACAGUACAUUUCAGCUGUUAUCCACGGCUCGUGACUCAGUUCAGCUGUCAGAUGAUAGAGGUAGUCUGUGGAAGAGAGUUUUUAAAGAUUCUCUGUUGUAC